GCCUGGAGGGUGCGGGUGUGGCCGGGGGUGUGUCCGUGAGUCUCGGCCUUGGAGGGCGUCCGCCGCCUGGCCGGGAGAGCGUGUGCCCCUCGUGUGACAUGCGGGAGGUGGCGAGUGGGGGGCCGCGAGAGCCCCGGGCCCUCCUGGGGCGCGGCACCCUCUGCACAAAGCCCAGGGCUGGGGGAGGUCCUGCGGUGGGGACUACAGCCGCUGGUGGGCGUCCCGCCCGGGGAAGGCCGCGCUCCAAGAACGGCCUGGCCGCCCAGGGCGGGCACGGAGCGGUGACCUCGGGGCCUGCGCACAAGGCUCUGCUUUCCAGAGAUAUCAACUUCCUCCCGGAGAUUAACCGCAAACGGGAAGCUGCCCCUCCAGGGACUAAACUUAAAGCCAAGUGUCAGGGCUUGGUGACGUUUGGGGAUGUGGCUGUUGUGUUCUCCCAGGAGGAGUGGGGAUGGCUCAGCUCGGAGCAGAGGAGUCUGUACUGGAAGGUGAUGCUGGACAACUACAGGAACCUGGCGUCCCUGGGACUUUGUGCUUCUAAGCCAGAUAUGAUCGCCUUGUUGGAACAAGGAGAAGAUCCCUGGGCAGUGGAAAGAAAGAGGGCAAGAGGCCGGUGUCCAGACUUAAAGGCUGUGCAGAAGUUCCCUCCAAAGGACUUAGGUGAAGGAAAGUUUUCCCAGGCAAUGGUGAAAAAACAGCUCCUGCACCUUAGACCCAAGUGCUCUAUGUUAGGGGGAAACUGGGAUGGUGAUGCCAUGUUCCAGACACUGAGGGGCUUGAAGACCAUCCCAGAUAUGGCUAGAGACAGCUCUCCGCAGCUUGCAUCAGCUCCAAAGAGUUUCUGUAAGGAGGCGACAUGGGAGACCUGUGAUGACCUGGGGUCCUUAGGCCAGCCGUCUCUACCUGAGGCCCAGGAUUUGUUUCCAAAGCAGGACUCAAAUGCCAAAAGGGUGACAGACAGAACUUCCAGCACUAAAUUCGAGUGCUCCACCUUCAGAGAAAAUUGGGGUUCUGAGUGUGUGUCUGAAAGGAAUGGUCAGGACACACUGUUUGAGCAAGAGAUGGUUGCUCAGAGCAAAGCCUUCCCAGAGGGGAGAGAUUGUGUGUAUAUCACAUCUGGAAGAUGGUUUCAUUUGAACAGUUCAGAAGAGAGACGUCAUAAUUGCGAUUCAGGUAAAAGUUUUCCCCCACAUUCAGUGGUCAUAAAAGAAACAGGAAUCUAUGCAGGCAAAAAACUUUUUAAAUGUAAUGAAUGUAAGAAAACUUUCACCCAGAGCUCAUCCCUUACGGUUCACCAGAGAAUUCACACCGGAGAGAAACCCUAUAAGUGUGAGGAGUGUGGGAAAGCCUUCAGUGAUGGCUCCUCUUUCGCACGCCACCAGAGGUGCCACACAGGCAAGAAGCCGUAUGAGUGCAUCGAGUGUGGCAAGGCUUUCAUACAGAACACCUCCCUUGUCCGUCACUGGAGGUACUAUCACACCGGGGAGAAACCCUUUGAUUGCAUCGAUUGUGGUAAAGCCUUCAGUGAUCACAUAGGGCUUAACCAGCAUAGGAGAAUUCACACUGGAGAAAAGCCUUACAAAUGUGACGUGUGUCACAAAUCCUUUCGAUACGGCUCAUCCCUCACUGUGCACCAAAGGAUUCAUACUGGAGAAAAACCAUAUGAGUGUGAUAUUUGCAGAAAAGCCUUCAGCCAUCACGCGUCGCUCACUCAGCAUCAAAGAGUGCAUUCUGGAGAAAAGCCUUUUAAAUGUAAAGAAUGUGGGAAAGCUUUUAGGCAGAAGAUACACCUUGCUAGUCAUUUGCGGAUCCAUACGGGGGAGAAGCCCUUCGAGUGUGGGGAAUGUGGGAAAUCUUUCAGCAUCAGCUCACAGCUUGCCACUCACCAGAGAAUUCACACAGGAGAGAAGCCUUAUGAGUGUAAGGUUUGUAAGAAAGCGUUUACGCAGAAGGCUCACCUUGCACAGCACCAGAAAACUCAUACGGGAGAGAAACCGUAUGAGUGUAAGGAAUGUGGCAAGGCCUUCAGCCAGACCACUCACCUCAUUCAGCAUCAGAGGGUUCACACUGGAGAGAAGCCCUAUAAAUGUCUGGAGUGUGGGAAGGCCUUUGGGGAUAACUCAUCCUGUACUCAACACCAGAGACUUCACACCGGCCAGAGACCUUAUGAGUGUGUGCAAUGUGGGAAGGCCUUCAAGACCAAAUCCUCCCUCACUUGCCAUCGUAGAUGUCACACUGGAGAGAAGCCUUAUGAGUGCAGUGCGUGUGGCAAGGCCUUCAGCCAUCGCCAGUCUCUUAGUGUGCAUCAGAGAAUUCAUUCUGGGAAGAAACCGUACGAGUGUAAGGAAUGUAGGAAAACCUUCAUCCAAAUCGGACAUCUUAACCAACAUAAGAGAGUCCAUACUGGAGAGAGAGCAUGUAACUGUAAGAAGGGCAGCAAGGCCUUCAGGCAGACCGCACACUUUGCUCACCAUCAACGAAUUCAUUCUGGAGAGGCGUCCACUCACCCUUCUUUGCCUUCCACAUCCGGUCCUGUGGAUCUCUUCCCCAAAUUUGUGUGGAAUCCAUCCUCCCUUUCAUCAUCAUAAUCUCAAAACAUUGCCGCUCCACUCCACUACUUUAACAGUUCACCUCUCUGUCCCUUUGUUCCCUUUUGUCCCUUACAGGUUUGUUCUUCAUGUUUCAGUCAGGUUGGGUUAGUUUUGGAGUGUACAUGUAAUUAAUUUGCUCAUCAAAAACUUGUAUUAAUGCCUAAGGUGUGCUUAGUACAGUGCCUGAUCUGUGCCAAGUAUUCAGCAAACAAAACUUGGCUCUUUUAAAGGUUUAUUUUUGAAAAUGGUUGUUUUAUUUGAAUGAUGCAAUAGAAUGAGGCUAGGAGAAACCAGAUUUCAGAACAGAAAGGGAGUCUCUGAGUUGUUGAUGAGGCUUGCUUCUUUUCCGUGACAGCUUGAUGCUAAGCCAGUGGUAUGGUGGGCUCAUCUGUAAUCCUAGUGUUCAUGAAUUCAAGGCCAGCGGGGCAGCUUAGUGAGACCCUGUCUCUAAAUAAAAACAACACAGUCGAUCCCACACUGCUGAAUUGUGUCAUGGCUUUGGAUUUGAACUACGUGAAUGUAAGUAUGGUAAUAGAACUUUUAGUGAGGUAACUCCACUACACACAUGGCAAUAAAAGGAUAGACAGUGUAAGUGUGUAGGCCACCUGACACAGAUGAAUCAAAACAACUGGAAAAGUGCAAGGUUUUAUAUAUAUGUACUUACAACUACCAACAAACUACUUAAGAAUGAGAAAACUGAAGGAUUUGAUCUAUUGAAAGUCACUGGUUUAUGAAUGCAUUCUUGGUAAACAUCCAGGUAUUAACUCUGGGGCAAACUGAUCUACAGUGGAGCAGCAAACUGAUUAUUUUUGUAUGGACCAUAAUCUAAAUUUCUAAAAAUGUGUUAAGUGGUUUUAAACAUUGGUGAUUGUGUGAAAGUUACAUUUUAGGGUCUGUAGGUGAAGUUGUCUUGGCAUGCAGCCACACAUUCACUUACAUAUUGUUUGUGAUGCUUCCUUCUGUCUUCAGAGGGGAAGUUGUAUCGUGAUGAGGACCAUUUGGCUCAGAGAGCUAAAACAGAGUUUUGUUGAGCUACAGCAAUGAUCGUUGGUCUGUCACAGUGGCAGAGUUGAUGGCUGCGCUGGAGACCACGGCCACAUUAAGCUACAGAUAUUUACAGCUGAGGAGGAGAAGGUACAAAAGUUCCUAACUUCAUGGCAAUAAUAAACCCUGACCAAAAAAAAAACCAAACCCAAACCCAAGACUAUCGGGCCAGUGUGAUGGCUGAGCAGGUAAAGGCUCCUGUUGCCAAUCCUGACAACUGAGUUUGAUCCUUGGGACUCAGGUGGUAGAAGGAGACAACUCCUGAGGGUUGUCCUGAGUUCACACCUUCACACAAGUGCUGUCGCAGGCACGCUCCAAACACAAGCAAUAGAGACUUUAAAAAUUCGGCUUAUGAGCAGCUUAUG